CAUACACCUCGUCACGACCGUUGCUGCCGCAGAGCGUGCGCAUCGAGUCUAAUUUUCCGCGUAAUCUUAUCGAAAUGUGAAACGCGGAAUUCUUUAUUGUACUCAAUAAAAGUGAUACCAUAAGUGAAUUUUCUACGAGUGCAAACAGCACGGUAAACGAGCGCUAUGAAAACAUUCAGUCAUUGUGUUUUUGUUCUUUUUGUUUCAACUGCGCUUCGUGGUCGGCCUCAACGUAAGCUUACCUUUGCCAUGUGCGUAAGGUAGAAGUGCUUCUGUUAGUUUAUAAAAAAACUAAUAUGUUAGCUUAGCGAGUGUGUGGUGAAGUGAAUCAUAGUUGUCAAUAUGAAAGUGACAGUGUGUUUUGGUGCUGUGCGAGUGUUGGUACCUUGUGGGGCUGGCGACCUUUUGGUGAGGGACCUCGUACGGGAAGCAACGCUGCGAUAUAAGAAAGCUACUGGACAGGGACCUGAAACAUGGGUUGGUGUGAGAGCGCUGCGGGCCAGUUCCGGAGGUAUACUAGACCCAGAUGACCGGGUGUGCGACGUGGCAGAUGACCGUGAAACCCUCACUGCAGAGUGCACAAACCAGGCACCACAGCCUCGAGCAGCACAAGCAGAUGGCGCCAGUGGGUCUUCAGCAGGCACCGCCUCCCCUGACAUGUUUCGGGGAGGAGGUGGAGUCGGCGGCAGCAUGCGGGUUCCGAACACAGAUUCUUGUGUUGAAGUCGGCGCUGCUGACUUAGAAGAUGGUGCCAAUGGCCUGCAGGUGCGACGAGGCAGCGAACCCACCUUACACCAGGAUACUCUUCCUCCACAGAGACAGGAUACCGACCAAACAAAACGCUGGUCAGCGGCAGUAGUAUGUCGUGAUGACCACCGACCAGAACCCCCCCAUCCAGACAAACAUUCGCACUUCCAGCGACAGACCAACAGAUUGUCCAUGCAGUUUUCUGGGCCAGGGAGUGGCGUAUGGAUGGAGGCGGCGGAACGGGUACAAACCUAUGGCAGUAAGAGUUUGCCAAGAGAUGCGAGACGCGAUCCGUUAGGGCAGGACACCGCUAACGAACAACAAAAUAAUAGGGUAGAAGAUAUGCUGCGAUGGGUAACCGGUGUAAAUAACGUAGUCAAUGUGAAUCAUGUGCAAGAAAGACCCUUGGAUUUACUACCUGAAGUGCGACCCAGUGAACGAGCAAUAUCAGGAAUGGACGUGCCCGUCAGUCCCAGUAAGCCCAGUACAGCGCAGGGCGUUAAUGUGUCGCUUGUGAAGGGAGAAAAGGGUCUGGGAUUCACUAUAACCACGAGAGAUAACCCCACGGGGGGACACUGUCCCAUAUACAUCAAGAAUAUAUUGCCUAAGGGUGCAGCAGUAACUGACGGCAGACUUCGAGCCGGUGACAAGCUGGUGUCAGUAAACGGUGUCAGCGUGGCAGGUCUGACGCAGCAGCAGGUCGUCACGCUGUUGAGGAAUACUCCUACUGAUUCCACCGUUGAUAUACGUAUUGAGAGGCCGGCUGGGAGGACUCAGAGAGUAGAGCCGCAACAGAGUCCGACAAAAUACAUAGAAAAGGCCAUAGGCGCCCCACCGAAAUCAGCAGACACAGAAAAAGCGGUAGAAAACGGUAGAGUCUCCAGUAUAGUCAACGCCAUAAACAAUAAUUCUAACUCCGUCCGAGGAAGAAUUUCUAAGAGUUCUUCGAAAGAUGAUCUGAAAGACCAAUCACUGGACUCGGCUUUGCAGGAUGCGCUUAACUCGUCAACUGGUUCAGUAACAAACCUUAGAAAUCGUCUCAUACUCCGCUUGGAGGUGCCAGUACACGAAUCGGAGAAAGCCGGACUCGGCAUCAGUGUGAAGGGAAAAGUGACUGCGACGCCGAAGCCCCACGAUUUGGGGAUUUUCAUCAAAUCUGUGUUACACGGUGGAGCCGCUUCCCGAGAUGGCAGGUUACACACGAACGACCAGCUUCUUAGCGUGAACGGCGUGUCUCUGGUCGGUCAAUCCAACGCCGAAGCCAUGGAAACCCUUCGACGAGCCCUCCUUCAUUCCAGGCCUAAUCUGCACGGCACCAUUUCCUUGACCAUCGCCAGGCGGACGGACAGCAUGGACAGCCUGGCACGAUGGAAGGACGACACGCCCCCGAACGGAAACGACACGACCAGCUCCAACGACAACUCCAACUUCAACACCGUCAUUUACAACGACAACAAACAGACAGACGCCAACUACGACAAGAAACACACAUCCGUCGUCACAAUUAAUAAUAAUAGCUGGAUAUCCAACCAAUCGGACGACAGCAAGGGAUAUCUGGAGAGGGAAGAUGCGAUCCCCCACGAUAGUAAGAGAGACAGCUUCGAGUGGAGCCGUUUGGACGGUUGGAAUCCAGUGAUAGACAGACUGACAGGACUGAGGAACGAGAGUUAUUAUAUGGCGACGCAAGAGGUGCCGAAUGGAAAUCUGAGGAGCAUGGGGCACGUGCACAUGUCAAGGUCGCCGCCUGCGCAUCAUAAUGUUAUCAUUGAGGAGGACUAUGGCACCAGGGGAAGCGUCGGGGGCGAGUCGGGCAGCGAGUGCGGAGUCAACACAAACGGCUUCAGCCGAGAUGCCAUCGGCAGACGUUCCAUGUCCGAGAAGAGACACGCAGCACUCGACGCCAAGACCACGGGGACCUACAAGAAGAUCAAGGAGAUUAAGGCUAGCGCAGCACCUGUGGGUCCCUCUCUGGGCAUGCGCAAGUCAUCGAGUCUGGAGUCGCUGCAAACCGCCAUACAGGAGACGAAGCGAAACCCGCGGCACGAGCCUAUAUACGCACGGGCACAUCCACCUACAUACCAACAUAUGGAACACUUUGCUAUGCUACCCAAUAGAGAUUGUUCGCUUUCCCGGAAUAAAAACCUAACUCUUAAACACUGGUUGACCGACGACAAUAAUGCCCCAGAGAUCAUCCGGGGCUCACCUCAGCAAUCUUCUCUGUCCCACAAGAAACCAUCGCUGCUCAAAUCAAUAUCUACGAUGUUUAGGAUUGGCAAACCUCAGAAGAAAGAAGACGUGUACGGGAGAUCGACGCCCGCGCGUUCGUCGGAGAAGUCGCUCGCACGAGACGCGAUGGAGAGACACCGAGAUGAAAGAAUUGAGGACGUACACACGCGCAGAGAAGAGCUCCGAAGCAGGCAGAACAGUGAGCGAAGUACCCGCUCCGAUCGAAGAAAUGGGCCCGCAAUACAGGCAAUGGAGAGCGCGUGGGGACCAACAGGACAUUAUGUCAAUUACGAAGAAAUCCAACAAAACUUAAAUGCGAGACGAGAGAAACUGAGCGAAGUACAAAUCGGUCAAAUGCGGCGGCAAGUUCACGCGCAGAGAGCGAAAGCCGAGGAAGAAAGCAGCAGUCGCCGCGGAAUGUCCAGUGUUAGCCACUCCCAACGCUCAUGCAGGGAUCGGGAGAUACCACGUCCACUCUCCAACUACUACGAGUAUGAAGCUGCUCCGCCAAGAAGAUCUGGAAAGCUGUCACAUUAUCAUUAGCACAGUAGACCUCUUCUUGAAUAGUCAAUAUAUCUUUAGCAAUGAAAGUUUAAAAGCUACUUAUAGAACCUUGGCUCUAGAAAUUAGGUUUAAGAGGAGUUAAAGAAGUCUUAAAAGAUUUAGAUUCGAGACUUAUCGCGAUUUAUCUCUACCGUAUGUUUUACACGUAGCACCAAGUCUCGACUCUGAAUCAUACAAAAAGCCUGAACAAGAAGUGUUUCAGAAAUUAUAUUACUAGUGAUAAAGUACUUAAAGUGAUUUACAUAUUAUGUAUGUCUAAGCUAAAAUGUUCGUCACCUUAGUUUCAAAGAAAAAUGACGUGUUCUUACCACGUCAUCAUUGCAAUUCGAUAUUUAAUUGUUUUUUAUCUUUUUCGGUUUUAUAUAAGAUGCAUUAAUUGUUUAAACGGAAAAUGCUUAAUUCCGAGUGAAAAUUUAAUGGGCAGAAGAAUCAAUGAAAUUUAGUUACACCUUAAUCAGUGCUUCCCAACCUUUUUUUGUUUCAUGCCCCUACCUAAAAUUCUUACGCCCCCAUAUGUAACAUAUACAUAGGUACAUACAUACAUUUAAAAAAAUUAUUUUUUCAUUUGAAAUCAAAUAACUAGUUCAUUUUUAAAACAAUAAAAAAUCCAAAUGAUUUUAAUAAAGAUUUUUCUAUAUUAUCUUAGUCAGAUCGUUGUGUUUGAUACUUGCUGCACAGAGAUUUUUUAUUAAGUUUCAAUUUGGUUAGCUUCAGUCUCAAGUCUUCACGUUGUUAUAUCCAGCUGAUUUCGAUUGCCCCCGUUAACAAUCUAAUUGGACAUGGGCCCCAUGUUGGGAAACACUGAACUGAACUAAACUUUUCUUUCCAUUUUAUUUAUAAUUAGUUUGAUAAAUUAUGUACCACUAAAUAUUUUCCUGUACCAUAUAACAUUUCGUAUAAAUAUGUUAAAAUUUGCAAACAUUGACGUCAAACUGAUAAAAAAUACCUUUAUGUUUUGUUAUUUAUACAAUUUCGUCAUAAUUGAAGAUUUGCACCUAUAUUAUUUUAUUUAUAAAAACUAAAUUAAACGAUUUUGAUAACUAAGAUUCAUUGAAACAUGGACUUAAACUGGUACUGUGUUUGUUGCUAUGGUUACGAUGAUUCCAUAAGAACGGUAACUAUUUUUAGUCUUCGUUUUAUUGCUUUGAUUAUCUUUACGCGGUUAUGGGAAGUUAUAAUACUAUUCCACCAAGUAAUGAUUUGGUUUUUAUAAAGUAAUAUUAUUACUAUCUUAGUGAUAGCGCUCUGUGGUUAAUGAAAUUUUGAUCAGCGGAAGUAAGUAAGAGAAAAUUCUUUCAUACUAUUUUCUAUUUCGAGUAUGUAUUCGAUAGUUAAUAUCAGAGUAUCUUCGCGAUUGUUGGCCUAAUAUUCCCUGAACACUUAGUAAUAAUAUUGUAACAUUUUCAUGUCAGACGUAUAACACGAAACACUUACGACCUUGUGUAUACUUACUUAUAGUUAACUACACGAAUACGAAUACUAUUCGGCGCUGAUAAAACCAUAAAAAAUUCAUUGUUACUAUUCUACACUGAUUUACGUAUAUUAAAGGUGUUGUCAUAUGGGAAGUGAAACUUAAAUAAAAUUCAGUCCAGACUUAGCCUUAAGUAUGAAUUCAUAGCGCUAAGUCUCUAAGACUUUGUUAAGUAUACCGUAAUAUUAAAAUAGU